UAUCGGGGAGAUCUGGGUUGCAUCUUCUGAGGAAAGACGCAUUUUUGUUACUCCUCUAAACCUUAAGGGGAGUUUUUAGCUUUUGGUCAGCGAGUGGUUCCUGGAAAACAUCUGAAUCGUUUUAUAACCAAACACAGCUGCCGAGCCAGUGUAUGUGUGUGUGCGUGACAGUGUGCAUGUGUGUGUUCAUCCGUAUGUGGAAGAGGGAGAGAGAGUGAGGGUAUCUGUUUGCUUCCCUUUCCAAAACGGAAAGAAAGAAAAAAGUUUGGUCGUCUUUUUCUCCCAGUAACUUUUUUUAGGCAUGAACGCCGAGACGUGCGUCUCAUACUGCGAUAUGACAUCCAUGGAUUCAUAUUAUAGCCCCUCUGCACCGCAAGGUAGGGAUCAUCAGACGAACCCGUUUAGGACAUUCCAAGUAAGUGACAACAAAUACAGCCCCACUUUCCUGCCAAACAAAGGUCAGGCUUACGGAGAAAAGUCUCGGAGCCCAUUCCAACAGGAGUGUCAGUCAUUGGAUGCCACCGCUGGAGAAGGCACCUUUAACAAAUACCACCUCUUCAUGCAGAGGUCUUCUUGCAAAACCCCCCCCGAAGGAGGCAAACUGCACCAAGAAAGCGGACACAACGGAGCGCUCAUUCCCUGCUAUGGUAAAGACAGCUCAGGACUGACAGACUCUGACCUGACCCCGAACUCUGACCCCUCUGGGAUGGACGGCAGCUACCUGAGUGUGAAGGAUCAAGGCGUGAAGGGCCCCUCGGACCGACCAGGCUCGGAUAUGGCCGGCCCCAUGGACAAGGGCGAGGGUGAGAGCAACAAGGGCAAGAAGAGGCGUAACCGCACCACCUUCACCAGCUACCAACUGGAGGAGCUGGAGAAGGUCUUCCAGAAGACCCACUACCCAGAUGUGUACGCCCGCGAGCAGCUGGCCCUCCGGACUGACCUGACUGAGGCCCGGGUACAGGUGUGGUUCCAGAAUCGCCGAGCCAAAUGGAGGAAGAGGGAGCGCUUUGGUCAGAUGCAGCAGGUCAGGACACACUUCUCCACGGCGUACGAGCUGCCUCUUCUAGCCAGACCUGAGAACUAUGCACAGAUACAGAACCCAUCAUGGAUUGGUGGCGGCAGUGGAGCGUCUCCUGUACCAGGCUGUGUAGUGCCCUGUGACUCAGUCACAUCCUGUAUGACCCCUCACCCUCACUCCGGCAGCGGCGUAUCUGACUUCCUGGGCGUCCCGAACCCUGGGGGUCACAUGGGACAGACACACAUGGGCAGCCUGUUUGGGGGUCCUGGCAUGGGGUCAGGGAUCAACGGGUAUGAUCUGAACAGCAUGGACCCGGACCGCAAGUCCUCCAGCAUCGCCGCCUUGCGUAUGAAGGCCAAGGAGCACAGUGCAGCCAUCUCCUGGGCAACAUGAUGCUUCAACAGCAGCAGGACAGGGGCCUCUGGGAACCCCAUCACGUCCAAACCAAGCCAAAGCAGAGAGGGCGGCCAGUCUGUGCUAAAAUAACAGAAAUAUUGAUAAUCUAAAAUAAUGAUGAUGAUAAAAGCCAUAGCAAAUUGCUGAAGAGGAGAGAAAAGAGACUAACAAAUCUGGACAGUGCACUUCUUUAUUUUGUGUCUCUGAUGGGAGAGACCAGUGGACAUCAGAGAUGAACAAAAGUCAUUCAGUCAGUCAGUCAGUCAAUCAGUCAGUCAGUCAGUCAGUCAGUCAGUCAGUCAGUCAGUCAGUCAGUCAGUCAGUCAGUCAGUCAGUCAGUCAGUCAGUCAGUCAGUCAGUCAGUCAGUCAGGUAGUUAAAGCAUGAGGUGAGAGGCAGGAAAUCAAGAAUCAGACCUAUCCUUAAAGAGACAAAUGAAUUGGUUGCUUGUUGGAAACAAUGUGCUGGUUAUACAGUAGCUAUAAACUAAAACACAACAAAAAUGACAAAAAAGCUGAAUAGAUUUGAACCAAUCCCGGCACUUAUUCAGUUAAUACAGGUAAUGCUGUUUGUACAGAUAUUGAUAUGCGUCUGCUAACACACCUGCUAGUGAGAGUCAACAGCUUUUUCUGUUCAGAUGUUAUCAUACUUUCUUGUUUUCCGGUAUUUAAAUGUUAAGUGUGUAUUUCUUUAUUCAUUUUGAUCCUGGUUUUGUCACAGAAUCCCUUGUCCCUUUCUGUCAGACGGUGUGCGAAUGCAACUAACCACAUAAACUGCAAACUGAUAUUCACAUAUUUACAUACAUUCGGCCUGAUUUGGGUCUGCGUGUACAUUUGGGUUUCCUAAGGUCAUUUUGGUCAGCUUCACUUCAAGGAGAGGGGUGUAGGUAACGGUCAAGCCCAAAGCCGAUCCAUCUCUGUCAGACUAACUGAAGGAAUGCUGAUAAAAUCAGUCAUAUUCUUCAGUUUGGGAAAGAGGUCAACCAUUUCAAAGGUAGCUUACUGUUUCUGGUAUGCAUGGUCAGCACUAGCAUACUUUAGGUUGGUGCUGCCUUCCAACACUUAAAUGUCAGAUAUCAAUCCAGGUUUGUUUAAGUGCGGGCAGACAGAGAGCCCUACUUGCACCGCUGAUGGGCCGUCACUGAGCCAGAGAGGGACGGGGACGAGGAAGUGGUGUGUGUGAGUAUGAGAGAGAGGCACAGCAGGCCUGCUGGGGCCUACAGGGUCUGGGAGCACCAGACAGGCUCAGCUCUGUUUGCAGGAGGAGAUUCAAAGUGGACAUGCCAUUUCCUCCCUUGGCAUUUCCUCACCUCACAUUUCCACCUAGGGAGUUACAGGAAAAGUGCCCUCCAGUCCCAUUGCCAGAGAUAACACCCAGCGGCAGCCUUGAACAGCAGAGAGGCAGUGUAGAUUAUAUAGACAGUUUUGAGGGAGGAUAAUAAAAUGGUGACUAACGCCGUCAAUGUUGACCACUAUCUCUUUUCAUGCAAAGCCUCACUGUAGUGGGAUGGAAUUCUCAAUGGAGAACCUUUGGUGCUGUUGUUAGACAUAUUACUUUCUCUCCACACAAAAUAAGCCGUCAGUCAGUUUAUACUGGGAACCCCAGGUCUCUUUCCACUUGGAGAAGACUUGUGAAGUGAAUCCCUGUGAAACCGUUUGUUGAGGCAGAGGAGGGCUGUGAAUUGGCUACAGGUCAUGAUGGACUUGGGGGAACGUGUACUGCACAACUUUAUUCCAUCUCUCACUCACGGUUUAUUUUCCUCUUGGAGAGAGCCGUCAGUAGGCACUUAGCAGCUCCACUCUGUUCCAAAACCAAUGUGCUCUUAUGCAUCUCUUAGUCCCAGAUGCAAUGUAUGUAUGGCCUUUCGCUGUUAGAGACACAUGUAAGUUCAAUGCUGAAUUUCCUGAUGGUGUGUAAAGAAUGUGGAGAGGCUGCAUCCCAUGAGAGAGGUGUCAGUGUAGCAGGCUGUCAUAAAGACUGGAUAGCACUCUAGCAGAGCUCUGAAAGACCUUACUUCCAUGUUUGCAUCAACAUGAUCACUUUACCAAUGACAGUAGAGGUAUGUUGUUAGAAAUUCCUCAUUCUCCGCGGUCAGCUGUCCUCCUGACAGCUUUAGCAUGACGACUUGAGUUGAGCAGGCUGAAUUUUGAGCCUGGCUUCAUUAACUCUUUGGCAUGGGGUCUGAGCAGGACCAUUUCAAGAAAAAACACCAGCAUGCCAGGAUGAGGAUCCGAUUACAGCCCCCCGGCAACAAACAGAUCACCCCCCCCCCUAUAGUCCCCCCGUCCCUGGCAACAAACAGAUCCCCCUGUCCCACCCCUUAUAGCCCCCCCAGGGAACAACCGGAUCCCCAGUCCCUGCACCUCAGUGUGGACAUGGAACAAUGUGGGGGGGCAAACUGUAUUCCGUGCUUUCAAUGGCUCCAUGUCACGAUUUGCGGAGGUGACAGCAAUAGUAGACGUGUUCCAUCAUCUUAUGCAUUAUGAGCUUUCUGUUUUCCCCAAGGUUCCCAUUUGGAUCAAGUCAAAACAAAAGGUCUCAUAGAUUUGAAGCCAAAUAUGAUACCCCAUGCACCUUAAGUGUAGAAUCCAUCUCUAAUUCCCUAACACAAGCCUCAUUAUUUCCCCUUUCACACGGUAGCUCUACUAGGAUAUUGUGGUAUGUACGAUCCAGGAUGAACCGUCAGUAUCUACACUAGGUAGCUCUACUAGGAUAUUGUGGUAUGUACAAUCCAGGAUGAACUGUCAGCAUCUACACUAGGUAGCUCUACUAGGAUAUUGUGGUAUGUACGAUCCAGGAUGAACUGUCAGUAUCUACACUAUGUAGCUCUGCUAGGAUAUUGUGGUAUGUAUGAUCUAGGAUGAACUGUCAGCAUCUACAAAUAAUGGGUCAGAAACCCUUUCCAAAUGACGACUCAGAUUGGAUCCAGUUAUACAUGGCAGUUCAAGCCUGAUGCAUGAACAUACUGCUGACAACAUGGCUUGUCUCUGUGUUUGGAGGUGCUCUUCUGAGAUUUGGAGAUGGGGCCCCUGUGCUUUCAUAGGCCGCUCUAAGGGGUUGCUGGGAGUGCGAACGGGCCACGGCGUUCCGGUGUUCUGGGAAAAGAACAGUGCACACAGCUGCGCUCUGGGGAUAAAUGCAAAACAAACAUGCCUUGCACAUGCUUCUCCUCAGCUGUCAUGGCUCCAUUUUCAAAGAAGCCCCCACACUGCACUAGGGCUCUCCCUCUCGCUCCUCUGGCCGAAUGCCUGCCCCUCCGGCACUACGGCCAUACACAGCCGCACAGCCAGGCUGCAGCCUUUUUAAUUAACACGGGGACAUCUGUGGACAGGGAUUCUUUCUGGGAUUGUGUGACAGAACAGACAGAUCCGCCAGUGGCCCUGUGCUUCAGGUUGGCCUAUAGCUGUCUCUGACUAGGGCUUGUAGGGUUUACAGUGCUGGGUUGGGUGCUUCUCAGAGCUCAAACACACAUGAAGCUCAGGUCGACACAGUUGAUUUGUUUACCUUUUUCGACAUGUUUUUGAAAACGUUUUAAGUUCUUUAUUUAUAGACAUGUUCUGUUAUCUGCAGUUCUCUAUGGAUUGAGAAGGACAAAACCGAAAGCUCAGUGUUAAAGACUGCAGAAACGUAGAAGCCCAUAUGAAGCAUUCUUGGAUGAAUCACAGGUUAAUAUGUAAAUAUUCUCUUUCUCAUCUACCCUAAUCGAGGCACAGCUUGCCUUUGGGCCUUAACUGAUCAGAUAUGCAGAAUUUAAGUAGUUGCAAAAAAGCUUGUAUAUCAGCUCAUUCUGUUGUAGCCUGCAGGGGUCCCAGUCUGUCCCUCCGUGAUGAUGUCACCUUUCACACCACCCCUAUCAUUUCUAAUACUACUGAAGCAGGGCAAUAAAAAUAAGUAAAUACUUAUUAUAAUAUAAAACUGUGUGUUGUGUGUGCAUGUAAAAAAAAUAUGUUUUAAUGUAAAUUGGACUGAUUUACAGUAAUCUACAAAGACUCUUGAAAUGUUACUAAUUUGAUGUAAAGUAUUGCUUUAUCUUUGUGAGAUACUUGUAGGUUGGUUUUUGAGUGAUCCUUCUGAAGGGGGUGGGUGUUCUUGGUUUGUUGAGUUUCCAAGUAUUUUGAAAGCUUUUUGUGGCUUUAAGCUAUAUUGUACGGCUUUUUAAUAAUGAUGGUAUACUUUUACUUGUGUUCAUGUUCUCCUAUAUAUUUUGUGUGAGUUACUAUAGUACAGUAAGUUAUUGCACUUACAUAAUAUUUUUGAAAAUUGUUUUACAAGCAUUGAGAGCAAAACUGUUCAUCACACUUAUUUAAGAAACACACACACACACACACAAAACCGCAUCAACUACAAUUUUUUUAAAUGGAUAACUGAAGUGGAGCUUCAAUUGUCAUUAGUAAUUUCAUAUAGUUCCCGCCAAUUAUUUAAAGGUCCAAUGCACUCCAAAACGUGAUUUUCCUGCUUUUAUAUAUUCCACACUAUGAGGUUGUAAUAAUACUGUGAAAUGGUGAAAAUGGUGGGAUGGAGUUUUGGUCUGCCUGGUGUCAACACCAGAGUUACAACCUGCUCUGCCAAUAACAGCUGGUGUUCAGUUCUCCCCUCCCCAUUCAGACCAUUCCCAGACAGUCGAGCAAAAUUCUUGCUUGAGAAAUUGCUCUUUGCUAAAAAGUUAUUUUUGCUUCUUUUUGACCAUUUUAAUUGAAAUCACAGUAAGGUACUUUACUGUUACCCUGAAAUAAUUCUACAUUGCAAUUAGAAAGGCUGCAUUAGACCUUUAAACAAACAAAACACAUUUAGUCAAAGAGGUCGGCGCUCAAUAUUUGACAAUCUUUCUAUGCUGUUGUGUGGUGGGAAUGAUGCUACUGCAGAACGAUUCCUACUCUCACGGAAACGUCCUACAUUUAAAGACUGGGGAUGUUUUUAGGAUGGCAAGACUCUCAGAGGAUUCAUUAAGAGUAGCAGUUUUCACAAUGUCCUGCAGCAAUGGACAACACACGUAAUAACGUGUGUGGAGAUUUUUGAGAUUCUGGUGUUGUUUUUACUGAUGUCUAUAUAAUUAGGAUGGAGGGGUGGGAGGGCCUUCAAUAAAAAUCUAGUGUAAAAAAAGAAACACAUCCAUCUUCUUGCAUUUACAUAUCAUCUACCUCAUAUGUACCAUGAUUGCAUCAGUGGCAGUGACAGCCUAA